AUGGGCCCUCCAAGAGUAAAGUUUCUGGUCGAGGAGGGAGCCGACAUGGAAGCCGUUGAUCAAGAAGGGAAUACUGCGCGUCUCCAUGCUCUUGAGAACCGUUACAUGGAAGUAGUCAGUCUCUUUCUUGACAUCGACUUGGCAAAUGAUCGGUGCAAGAUUGGGUCCGUGCUACUCUCCGCAGUUGAGGAUGAUGACCCUGAGCUGGUCAGCCUUCUAAUCAACAAGGAUAUUGACCCGAACUCAAGUUGCAAGACGGGCAUUGGCCGCGGUGAUUGUACGGUUCUCACUUGGGCCGCCAAGAAGGGAUACACAGAGCUGGUGCAGCACCUUAUCCACUACGGUGCAGAUGUCAAUUUGCAGGAUAACGAACGUUGGACUCCACUUGCUCGGGCUGCACAAUAUGGUCAUGAUGCUGUCGUCAAACUACUAAUUGAGCACAACGCCUAUAUUGAUUUUCCUAACGAUAACUUCACGCCUCUUCAAAUCGCUGCAGCCAACGCGAACCAGAGCACGGUCAAACUUCUCGUUCAGCAUGGAGCGUGUGUCGCGCACUUAGAUCUGACUCCCGAUUCGCUUAGCCUUGGAUAUUACGAAAUGAAGCAAUUAAGUUCACGGGGAUCCACAAUAGAAAUGAGGGAUUCUGAGGGACGGACACCUUUGAUUUGUGCCGCAGAAAAGGGUGAUGUUGCCAGGGUCAGAUUCUUGGUCAUGCACGGUGCUGUCAUUGACGCGAAAGCUGCAAGUGGUCGUGCAGCACUCUUGCAAGCAGCUGCACGAGGCCACUACGCAGUAGUCAAGAUACUGCUGAAGUAUGGAGCCGAUCAGACAGUACGUGAUGAUGAUGGCGCAGAUGCUGUUGUUUUGGCUGGUGGGGCUCAAUCGAAGUCCAUGGGUUCUGUUUUCUCGGAGGGCUUUAUCUGUAAUGUUGUUUACCCAUCUGCUUUCUUCUGA